GAUGGAUGUUGAGACGUCCUGCCUCUUUGAACAUCUUCGGGUAUAUCAGCCUGGUGCUGCUCUGGCACCACCGCCACCACUAAUCGCUUGUCAGGUUUUCAUCGUCCAUGAUUCAUACCCUGUGGAUUGA